AUGCCGGGGCUGGCAGCCGAGGAGGGGAUGGACGACUGGAGCCCAGCCCCGCCACUCUAUGAGGAGUACCGCCCGCCACCGCUGGAUGCCAUCCGCCUGCCCAGGGGCGUGCUGUACCUGCUGCUGGCUGCCUUCCUGGUGGUGGCCGUGGCUUAUGCCAUUGUGGGCCAUCUCAUCAAGGACCUCGCCCACGAUCUGGCUGACUGGGCUUUUGGCCCGAAGCCGGAUCAGGAGGACGCCCCCCGGGAGCUGCCUGAGAGCCCCGAGGGCGAAGACCUGGAAGAGCUGGACCUGCAGCUGGCUCUAGCCUGGCGGGGCGAGGAGGACGCGGGUGGGGGUGGUGAGGGGGCCCCCGCAGAAGCCCCCGACCGGGCCCCCCGCCGCCCCUCCAUUGCCUUCAAAGAUCCGCCAGUCUGGAGCUCCUUUUGGAAGCUGGGCUGA